AUGCCUAUCGAUAAAAUCCAAGUAUCAGGCGACCCCCGCAUCGAGUACAAAACCGCGACUCUCAACGGCCACAACUACUCUUAUAUCCUGAGCCAGCCCAAAUCAGGCCAAUACAAAGCAACAGUAUUCCUGAUCCAUGGCUUCCCCGACAUCUCAAUGGGCUGGCGAUACCAGAUCCCCAUGCUAGUGAACAUGGGCCUGCGAGUGGUAGCCCCAGAUUGUCUAGGCUACGGACGAACAGCGAAACGAAAAUCAUCCUGGGUGGACAUGACUGGCACGGGCGCCGGUCUAGCGUACCGCAUCGCCCUCUGGCACCCAGAGCUAGUCUCGUACCUUUUCACAGUCUGUGUGCCGUACGCAAGACCAAUGGAAAAGGAAGUUCAGCUAGAAGACCUCGUCCGCACAGCGGCCCCGCAUUUCGCAUACCAGCUCCAAUUCGCGAGUGGGGAGUUGGAGAAGGUUAUCCAAUCUGAGGAUGAUAUUCGCCAAUUCCUGUUGGCGCUUUAUGGGGGACGGAACGAUCGCGGUGAGGUUGGUUUUGAUGCGCAUCAUGGUGUGCUUGUUGAUCGGCUUGGGGGGCUGAAGAGGUCAAAGCUUUUAGCGGAGGACGAGGUUGAGUUUUAUGUUAGGGAGUUUGGGAGGAGUGGGGUUCGAGGGCCACUGAACUGGUACCGGACUCGGCAGAUCAAUUAUCGGGAUGAGCUUGCUAUUCUUGAUCGGAAGAUUGAGGUUCCUACGUUGUUUAUUCAGGCUUUGAGGGAUCAGGCUUUGCCCCCGCAUUUGGGUAAGUCGAUGGCUAAGCACAUCCCCAGCUUGACUGUGAAGCAGGUUAAUACUUCGCACUGGGCUUUGUGGGAGAAACCUCAGGAGGUGAAUGAGAUUAUUGAGGGUUGGUUGAGGGAGAAGGCUUUUACUGAGGCUAGAGCUGAGAAGCUGUAG